GGCGUCGGGCACAGGGCACAGGGCACGGCGCAGGGCACGGGGCGGGCGGCGUCGACGCCAGGCGGGAUGACGGGUGAAGGCACCACGCGCUCCCGCCCAGGCCCAGACAUGCCGGUCCUUGUGAGGCAGAAACUUGAGAGGGAGCCGUCCUCUCCCUGAAGCCUCGCGGUGGAACAGCUGGCUGACCCGUUCAAAGGGAAGGAUGAAAUCUCUGCCCAGGCACGCGAUGUGAAUGGAAGAGGCGUGUCACUAUGCAAACAGUACGGCACUCUGAGCGCACACUAAAGACAGCUCUCAUCUCAAAGAACCCAGCGCUUGUGUCACAGUAUGAGAAGUUAGAUGCUGGGGAAAAGCGUCUGAUGGACGAAGCCUUCCGGCCAGACAGUGAUCUCUUUGGACCCAUUACUUUGCAUUCGCAGUCAGACUGGAUAACCUCCCAUCCUGAGGCUCCCCAAGACUUUGAAGAGUUUUUCAGUGAUCCUUACAGAAAGACACCUUCUCCACAGAAGCACAGAAUUUAUAUACAGUGCAUUGGAUUGCUAGGAAACACCAGAAGUAUCAGUGAAGAAUAUGUGAAAUGGCUCAAGGGCUACUGUGAAGCAUUUUUCUAUGGCUUGACAGUAAAACUCCUAGAACCAGUUCCUGUCUCUGCAACGAGGUGCUCCUUUAGAAUCAAUGAUAACACGCAGAACCUACAGAUUCAUGCAGGGCAGAUCCUGAAGUUCUUAAAAAAGAAGAAACCUGAAGAUGCUUUUUGUGUUGUGGGAAUAACGAUGAUCGAUCUUUACCCAAGAGACUCCUGGAAUUUUGUCUUUGGACAGGCCUCUUUGACAGAUGGUGUGGGGAUAUUCAGCUUUGCCAGGUACGGCAGUGAUUUUUACAGCUCCCACUACGAAGGCAAACUGAAGAAGCUGCAGAAGAAGUCUUCAAGUGACUACUCGGUUUUUGAUAAUUAUUACGUUCCUGAAGUGACUAGUGUUUUGCUGCUUCGGUCCUGUAAGACUUUAACCCAUGAGAUUGGACAUAUCUUUGGACUUCGGCACUGCCAGUGGCUCGCAUGCCUGAUGCAAGGCUCCAACCACUUGGAAGAAGCUGACCAGCGUCCCCUCGACCUUUGCCCCAUCUGUUUACGCAAGUUGCAGAGUGCUGUCGGCUUCCACCUUAAAGACAGAUACAAAGUGUAUACGUAUCCCCGUGAAAUUGCAACCACGAUAUAAUAAUGCCUGUGGAACACCUAGCAAGUUGAGGAAAGAAAGUAAUUAUCCUCCCACCUUCAAAAAACUGUGAGGACUCUGUAAUUCUUCUCUUCUGUGCAUCCUCAUGACUGUCCUGUGUGCUCACAGCUGGCGUGUUUCUGCUGCAUGCCCUUUGACAAGCAUGGUCUCACCUUCGUGACCAUCUUUAUCAAAUGGAACAGCUCCGUGGGGUAGCAUAAGUCACCGAUGUUGAUAACUUGAUUUGGAAGCUAAUGUUUUUCUCUUGCCUAAGUCUGUUUUGCUGGGAUUUGUUAAAAGGUGAAUCUGUUU